AUGAGUAACGAACCAGGAUUAGUUCGUUGUCUUACAAGAUGCACAAUCAAACCAUACCCUAAUAUUUCAAAACAAACACAACCAGCGCAUCAGCAAGAAAGGAAACAACAAAAACCGCAUCACAUACAGAAGCAGCAAUCGUAUCACUUAACUCCAUGGGAUCUUUCCUUAAUCUCUGCACAUUCUAUUCAAUUUGGUCUUCUCUAUGCUAAGCUCCCAUCAUCAUUGUCAGUAUCAUCAGUUGAUAAUGUUGGUGAUCAGUAUCACUCUUCGCCGGGGGCCUUUGUUGAUCAACUGAAGCACUCCCUUUCUCAAACACUUCCCCAUUUCCUACCUCUUUCAGGCCGCUUUGUGACAAAUAAACACGACGACCCACCUUCAUCUUCAAUUUCAAUAGAAUGCAGUGAUGAGAAUAACUCGUUUCAAGGAGUCGAAUUCAUAGUCGCUGCUGCACCUAUUACGUUAAACGAUAUUCUCUCUCCGCGCUUGAUACCACCAACGGUUAGAUCGUUCCUUACCCUGCACGGUGAUGGAGCCAUGCUGAUGGUUAACCACGACGGUCACACCACUCCACUGCUCUCCGUACAAGUAACAGAGCUUGUAGAUGGUUAUUUCAUUGGUUGUUCUAUAAAUCAUGCUGUUGUGGAUGGAACUUCUUUUUGGCAUUUUUUUAAUGCGUGGGCGGAAAUUUGUAGAGAGAAAAAAAAUGCGGACGAGUUCAUAUCCCGGCCGCCUAUUCUUGACCGCUGGUUUUUGAACGACUACCAAAAGCAGGUGGAUAACGUAGAACAAGAUAAUCAUGCUAUCAUCAACCUCCCUUUCUCUCACUCUGACGAGUUUAUCAGCAGAUAUCCACCACCUCCUCUUGUGGAGAAAAUCUUUCACAUCUCAGCCCAAUCUAUGUCACAGCUGCAAGAGCAGGCAAACAACGAGUGUGGAACAGUUAAGAUAUCCAAGUUCCAAGCCUUGACAGCCCUGAUUUGGAGAUCGCUAACACGAGCACGUGGUUUACAUCCUGAACAAGAAACAUCCUGCGGGAUAUGCAUCAAUGAUCGAGACAGAUUGCAUCCUCCGCUAUCCGAGAAUUAUUUUGGCUGUUACAUCACCGUAGAGAUGGUUAAAACCAAGGCAGGGGAACUACUUCGUCAAAACCUUGGAUCGACCGCGUUGGGUCUGCAUGAAGUUAUAGCUGAUCACACAGAUGAAAAUAUUAGGAGCUGGCUAAAUGAUUGGAAAAAGGAACCAAAGAUAAUUAACCUUGGAUCCAAUUAUGAUAAUAGCAGUAUGCUCGUAGGAGGAUCCCCAAGAUUCAACCCUUAUGGAUGUGAUUUUGGUUGGGGUAAGCCCUUGGCAGUUCUUAGUGGCUGGCCUUAUAAAUUCAGUGGGAAUGUUUGGACGAAUCCAGGUAAGGCUGGUGGAGGGAGCGUGGAUCUCGAGAUUUGUCUUUCACCAGAAGCCAUGUCUGCACUUGAAUCUGACGACGAAUUCAUGGGUGCAACCUCAACACAUCAUGAGAAGAUCUUGUGA